CUUAUGUUUGGAAAUUACCGGAACUUUGCAUCAGAGCACAAUAAAUCUGAGAAAAAAACUCGGUUUUUCUCACAUACAGUGUAUAGCCGUUUUGCGAAGAUCACAGCCCCUUUCGUUGGAACGUCAUCCGAUGAUGGUGACGACUAUAUAGCCAUUCGGAAGCUCGAGGACCAGCUAAUGGGCGUACGUAUAAAGGAGGCUGGUAACAUGGCUGAGCUGAAGGAAAUGCGUCAGAAGUCUAAAUUCGUGUUGUCGAUCUCCAGCCAGCUUAGCGCAAUUGUCCAAGAGAAUGUGUUUUUGCGUGAGCGUCUUGAAGCAUUUGAAGAUUUAGAGAAGGAAAAUGAAGCCCUGAGAGAACGUAUACGUUUGUAUGAGGACUUGAGGAAAAAAUGA